GAUUAUUAGUUUUAAUAACAUGUAUACGAUUAUCGCGUUUCUGCUCGCCAUCUCUCUUGCUCAGUGCGCUCCUCAUUUGAUUAUGGAGAAGGGACUCGAUGCUCCUAGUAACUACAUUGGUUGUAACCACGAAUUCACCAUUAUGUACCGCAUUGAUAACAUUGGUGAAGAAGAUGUGUACAAUGUGACGAUUACUGACCAGUGGCCGGAAGAGGGCUUCGAUAUUGAUGUGGAGUUCCCUAUUGUGAUUGAAGAGCUUCCUGCUGGAGAAAAGUUCGAGAAGAACGUGACUGCUAUUCCUCGCCAGUUCGGUUAUUUGGAAACGGGUCGCGCGAUGUACGAGUACGCUUUCUACAAGGACGAGGAAGUGGCGCAUGCUCGUGGUCUGUCCACCUCUCUGGGAACACUUCCGAUCCUUCAGGAAGCGCACUAUCUGCGUCUGGCGAGUUCGUUCUGGAUGGAGUACGCGAUUCUGGGAGCCAUUGCGGUGGUGACGGUGGUGAUUCCGUUCUGGCGUUGGUUGAGUCUGGGCGCUGGAAAGGCGAAGGAGGAAUAAGAAAGAAGAAAUGGGGUUUGUGUACUGUUUUA